AUGUUUCUAAUGGUCAACCAUCCGAUCUAUAAUCUAAGUGGGCUUUGAAACCCAAAAUAGAGGGCAAAUAUCCUCUAGCCUCCGAACUGACUCGUGCCACCGACUGCCACCUUUGCCAAACCCACAUACCCCGGGGGCGUAUUUGGAACAGCAAACCCGGGGACGUGAACUUACAAGUCUAGAGAGCAAACACUUCUCCAUUCAUGGCGCAAAACUCUUCGGUGUAAAACGGUCUAGAAGCGUCUAGUGGAAGUUAGUUAAGGUGUGAGAUGGGCAAACCCAAUGCCAUCGCCAACUUCGGAGAUACAUUUGACACCUCGCGCAGACAGGGCCGCACGAAACCAAGGGCGUCUAACCGGAUCGCACGACGGCAGAAUCGUUCCUUAUUAUCAGCGGCCCACCCUUCAUGAGGAGGACCAGGAAGACGAGGAAACUCAUUUUCCCUGCCCUCGGCCUUUCCAGCUCUGGUGGGUCUUGCUACUAGCAAGUUUCCUUAGCUGGCUCUUCAGCUGCUCGUCUCUCAUACUUGGGAGAAGUCCUCUUCGGUACGCUCAACUAGCGAUUUCUUCGAGAACAUCGAUUGUCAUGUUGAGUUAUGGGUCGUGGUGGAGGAGAGCAUGGGGGUUCGUCUGUGACAAGGCCGCGAAAGAUCGAAUUGCGAUGACGCUAGCGAGUCAACGAAGAAUGAUCUUUCGGGGGAGGUGGCAGCAUAUGAUAAGCUCGAAAUGUGGCAUGUAGUAGAUGGCGCAGGGGAGUUACUCUCAACAACUACCAUAUUCGAGGGGAGUUUUUCUUCAGGCUUAGAAUUGCUAGCGACAAGAUCAGGGGGCAUGAGACCACUAACAUAACUAUGAACAGUAACUUGGAA